AUGACACGCAAAAAGCUCAGUAUACUAUGCUUCGGCGACUCCCUAACUUCCGGCUAUUACUGCUAUGGAAUGGGAUCUCAUCCAUAUGCUAUCAAGCUGGAGGACCGACUUUCAGGGACCUUUCCAGAAGUGGACUUUGACAUCGCGGUAGACGGUGUCCCUGGCGAUGUGGCCUCUUUUGAAGCAUGGUAUAUACGAUUUAGAGAAGCCUUGAGCAAGAAGACAUAUGACUGGGUUGUUGUCCUUGGCGGUACCAAUGACAUAGGAUAUGGUAUACCAACAGAGAAGAUCUUCUCAUCUCUCACAAAAACUUACGACCUGGCUCGUGGUAAAGGCUCUAAAGUUCUUGCACUCACUGUCCCAGAGUGCGGCUCAAAGUAUGCGAAAGCCACGGCAACAAGAAACGAGCUCAACAAAAGUAUUCUCAACCAUAAAAAGACCAAAUUCUACGCAUUCGACCUCAAGUCCAAGAUCCCAUAUCAUGCACUCUCAAGACAAGAUUGCGACAGAUACUGGGAUGAUGGUUUGCAUUUGAAAGAAGAGGGCUAUGACUGGAUGGGCAAUCACGUCGCCGACGCCAUGAUCGAUAUUCUAUGGCAUGAAGGCACAUUUGAGCAGCCGUCAGAAGUAUCCGUGGUGGAAGAAGAACAGCUCGCGUUUGACGAAGAGGAUGGCAAUCCACGGAAUAUCGACGAGGGCUAUAUCGUAGUCCGAAAGAAAGACUUGGACUAG